AGGUCCAGCACAGCACCUCUCCUCUUUGGGUCUUCUCUCACUUGGAGAAGGAAGUUAUCGUAGAUGCAUUCCAGGAACUUCCUGGAUUGCUUACGUCCUCCUUUGUUGUCCCUCCAGCAGAUACCAGGCUGGUUGAAGUCCCCCAUGAGGACCAGGAGUUAUGAAUGUGGGGCUGCUCCUAUCUCCUAUCUCAUGGAGCUGCAUGUGCUCCAGCUGAUCACUGACAUAGCGGGCGACACCCCCUCCUCAUUUACUCUUCCUGACCUUCCUGAAGAGUCUGUAUCCUUCCAUUCCAAUACUCCAGUCAUAGUAGCCACCCCACCACAUCUCUAUGAUGCCAGUAAGAUGAUAGCCCUGCAGGCAUGCACACAUUUUAACUCCUCUUACUUAUUCUCCGUGCUACAUGCAUCUGCACAGAGGCAUUUAAGCUGGGCCCCUAAUGAAACUGACUUACUGGCUGAAGUGGCUGGAAUUCCUUUGUGCUGCUCUUCAGGUGCUCUCCUGCUGACCUGUGAUCCACCUUCAGGCUCUGGUCAUCUCUUGCUGGCACUGGCAUCAGACUGGUAGGAGUGGGAUGGAUUGAGGUUUCCCUGCACUGGCUUUAAGCAUUUGAAAGCCUCAAGACUUAGCAGUGGAUGUACUCUAAUUCUCUCUCAAGAGGAUAAAGUGUACUGUGUAUGGAGAUCUGGUGCCCUAUGGCUGUGAUACAAAACAGAAAAGCGUAGCUUUCCCAGGCCAUGGCAGAGAGUAGUGGCCCCAGGCAGCUCUGCUGCAUCAGUUCCCACCAUUUCCAACCAAAGGCAGCCUAGAGGCAGGCUUGCAGCUUUGGCUGUAGCUGGACAAACAGGGUGUAUCUCCAGUGCUUUUGUCUUCCAUGCUUCAUCAGGGCUUUGGUUUCAGCUGGGUUUGAACCAAAGAUUGUCUCAUAUGUAGUGCCAGAGCUGCUGUUUGAAAAGCAUCCCUCUUCCUUGCCAUGACCAUUAAAGCUGCUGUUCAGAGGGAUGAGACUACACUGAGGCUACUUAGGCUGACUGUUUUCUCCUAGCUUGUCCUGUAUAGUCCUAUAUGUCAGCAACACUUGAAUGAAACAUUUUUGUGUUCAUCUUAGGGUAAUGCUUGGGUCUGGCAAUCACGGAUAAAGGUGCAUUGUGCAGUGCUAUGAAAUCUAAGUACGAAGCUGCAAUAUCUUUGGCACAAAUAGCUGAUUUUCACUCUGUGAGUCUCCAGUCCAUGCCUGAGGCUCCUAGGUGGCAUUAUGCUAAGACAAGGAACAGCUUGUAAUAAACAAUGACAGGGAAUACAAGCCUCUGAAGAAAUUAUGAUGAUUCUGAUACAUAGGUUUUGUAGCCAGCAGCUUGCCAUUGUGGAGUGUUUGUAUCAAAGCAGAAGGAGAUUUAGGGAGAGGUUUGAAUAGAGGCCAUGAGGUUAGCUUUGUGGAUGUUUACUGGUAACGAUUCUCCUACAUGGGAAGGCAAGGCAGGUUAGGAAAAAGAAAUGUGCAAAGUUGUAACACUGGUCCCUGCAUAUCACCUGCUCCCUCCUCUUUCCUGUUCAUGGUAAUGCCCCUUAUGCUGGGACAUACCACAGCCCUCCCUGCAGAAUAAAGGAACACUUGUCUAACUGAGAAUCAGAUUUCAAGGACGUUGUAUGCUGCUGCAAGGUGAGGUGGCCAGUGCAGAAGGGAAGGUCUUGGCUCUGCUGUGGAAGCUAAGCAUCAAAAUGGUAAAUUAAGAAGGAAGAAAAAUUAACCAUGCCUCCUCAUUGCAUCAGCUUGGCUGAUGUGUUUACCUGGCUUUUCCACAGAAAAUUUACUGUAUCUCCGCCUCAGAUGCCUUUGAUUUCUUACCGAGCUCGGCUUGAAAAAUAAACAAGUCAAUCCUGACGUGUAACUGAGCUGAUUGCUACAUUUUGUAGUCACGCCUCUCUGUCGAAAACUUCCCCCACCCUCUUCUAGGUGUUGCCCUGGCAUGUGGUUUGCCUUAUGCAUAGGCAAAGCACUGAAAUAAUCUGCCUCUCACCAGGUAGAGUUAUUUUGGAGAGCUAGUGAAACACAAUAGGAGGCAGCACUGUAAAUCCUGUAAGUAAGCCCAACUGGCAGAAGCUUUGAAAUAGAUAAAUACUAGUGGCAGUUUAGAGGGUCCUUUCUGUACUGGAGAGACAGUUUCAUCAGCUGCAGUGGUGUUUUGCCGUGAGAAUAAGUUAUGGAAGCUGCAGAAAAGAGUGUUCUUAUGCGGAGACACAGAAGAUGCUAAUAAAAGAUGUGACAGUUCUGCUAGCCCAUCUUUCAAAGUGGAAGAAAUGGCAAUGGCUGAAAUGUGCAAUUCCCCAAUGGCAACUGAAACAGAUGGGCAUACUUUUGAUGCAAACCAAAAUGAAAUGAUGGAGAAAAGUGCACAGGAAUGGAGUGAACAGCUAGAGAAGGAGUUUUUCAAUGUUCUCAAUGAUCUGGAUGACCAGCUGGCCCAGGAACAAGCCCAAGACCCAUUAAACAGGACAGUUUCUCCUAGCAGUGCAUCAAAUGUCCAAUACAGUAGUGCAUUACCUACCCUAAAGAGGCAGACUGAUAGUAGGGGGCAACGCAGAAAUGACUGGAGUGACAUGCCUAGCACAUACUUCCCAGAUGGACUGAGAACACUAAGAGCCAAAGAUGAACACAAGAUUUUCAUCAGACCAAGGAAAUUACAUAGUGCAUAUAUAAACUGGCACCAGACAGCCUUUCAAGAUGACUACAGAUACAGUGACCCAGUUGAUGGAAAUUCUCAUCUACUAAGCAGCAGGCUGCCUUCUGUUUCUUUUGGACGGUCUUCAGAAGGUAGCUUAUAUCCUCCUUCCGUAACUCACAACAGUGGAUUUAGGUACAAGAGUUGUAUGAACAGGGAUACAGCUGGCAAAAGUUACUCUGUGUGUUCCCUUCGGAGAUGUCUAUCAUCAGUAUCUUCUGACCAGCUAUCAGGAUCUAGUUUACAUCCAUUGGCAAGAGAGACCAAGAAUGGCUUUGUACCAAGAUUCGGUCGACAGAACCCAAAGAGAAUUCCUCUGUCUUCUAUUGUAUGGAACAACACACCAGACUCCCCUGAACAAAUACCAACCCAAGAAAAGAUGUUUAGAACCCAGUCACUGAUGGAGUUUCAUGCUGCAGACCCUGGCAGAUAUUCCAGCACUUUACAAGAAACCAAGAAAUACGGAUGUUACCACACAAAACACCACUACAGAAGAUCUAUUUCAAGCAGUAAUUGCUUUAGUAGAGUUAGUUGUCCUGACAAAGCUACUUCUCCAUUGCCCUUUGAUAACUGGGAAAAUUAUCCACUAUACAAAUCAGAAAACAAUCUCUCUAGAUCCUACUAUAGGGACACUUCUUCUCAUGGCAUGUUGUAUGCAAACCAAAAAAACUCUCCUUAUGGAAAAAGAGACUGCUAUCCUUCUUGGACUGAUAUUCCUCAGUACUACAGUGAUGAAGCAUUUCUUUCCCCUGAUGCCAGCUUUGACGUGAUGAUGGCCAACUUAAAUGAGCAGCAGUGGGCACAUACAAAGAAUGCCAAGUUUGGUUCACAGCGCCUGCAGAAUGAUUUUCACAUGUAUUCUCCAGAAAAUCUGAAUAUCAGAAGGAUAACAAGAAGUGCAAGUAGAACUUUUUCAGAAUUUACUGAGGGCUGUCAGCCUUGCCUAAGUUGUAACUCUUCAGUUUCUUCAUGUAGUACCACAACUGAUGAGUCAGUCUUUCCUGAGUUGAAGGACCAAACAAAACCUAUUGGACUGAAGAGGAAUUCAGUUGACAUUACACUAAGAAGCACUAAAGCAGACUUUACACAACUAGAAAAGGUUGAAGGUAUGAAACUGCCAGAUGAAAACAUACCACUGCAGUCAGUGUCUCAACAAGUAGAUACAAACUACAUCAACAACCAGAGUUUUCCCUCUAACAGCCCUGCUUCUGCCACAUUACAGAGCGAUGCAUCUCUCUUUAACACAGUGAGAUCAAAGAGACAAACCCAAGUCACUGCCAGAGGAGAUAUUGCAAAAAUAUGUAUGUCAAACUGUGACAAAAGAAAUGUACAAAUGAAGGGAAACGACUGCCCACCCAGCAGUGUGUUCAGGCAACCUGCCUGUAUUUUAACUAAUGAGAGCAGAAAGGAACCUUUUCUUCCAAGUCAGAAAGACUGGGAACAUAAUCUGCACGAUGCAGCAAAAAGAGAGAGUAUCAAACAGGAUAAUCGGAGUGCAGAAGACAUUAACCAAGCUACUCCAAAGAGACGCUCCUCACUGCUGAAUGUUGCUUCUGCUCCAUCCACUGAAAAAUUAGCAAACUGUCAAGGCAUGUUGUCCUGUCCUCCUGAAUGUUCAUCUAGCUCCUCCCAAAGCUCUCCACAUGCACUUUCUCAUAAAGACAAUUCUAAAUGUUUGGGAACACUAACUAGCUCUUCAGUAAAUGGCACAGUUACUGAAUCUCAAGCAGAAGGUGGAAAACCAGCCCAAGUGAGCAGAGUAUGUGUUACUGAAAAGAUUGCACAGAAAAUGCUGCAAAAUGCAGGCACUUUAGUUACUAAGGACUGUAAUGGACAAUUCGCUACUAGUUCUUUACAAAAUGGAAAUUCUGGAAAUACUUAUAUGCACAGAUGUGAUGGAGAUGCCACGACCUCUGAUCGUAGUUUAAAUUAUUUUUGCCUUGAAAAAGAAAGUGGAAAACUAGGGAGUAAUUCACCUUGUACUGAAAGGUUUCACAAGAAAGACAGCUUGCUGAGACACACAAGUAGCUGCAGCAUUACUGGCUCCCCUAGAAGAAACAGCCUCAAAUCUCCUGACCCACUUGUUAUUUAUUACACUUUACCCAGAAAGUCAGCUAGCAUUGCUGGUAGUAUUAUGUCAGAUACACCCAUCUCUUUACCUAGAGAAAGCAGAACAACGUACAAUUAUUUAAGGUGUGAAAUUCCAUGUCGAGCUGAUGCCUUUCGUUUUAAUCAAAGAGAUGUGUCUUGUUUAGACUCAAAACAUCCCUUUUUAACAUCAGCAUCGUUAAAUGCUGCUACAAAUAACAAAGAAAAAGAUUACCCCAGUCCUUUAACCAAAAGUCCUAAUGAUUCAGUAAGUAGUAACACAUCAGUUGAACUGACAGAGAGAUGUAAUCAUUUAAGGAGAAGAGAAUCCUCUGUGUUUUCAGAUUGUAGUGACAGGGGAAAUUUUUUGCAGAAAUACAAAACUACAAGCACAUUUACAGUUUGCGUUGAUGAAGAUCAUGUCAAGUAUCAUGAACUGGUUUCGAUCUAUUACACAUUACCACGGAGGCAUUCAAGAACAUUUUCUAACAUCUUUAGAGAUAAUCCAGAGGAUGCAGAUUCACCUUGUCGCAAAGAAAAUGCUCAUUCACCAAGAAUACAAAGGAAGAAAAAUGAAGGUCAUGUGAGUUUAGCAAAUAUUUUUUCCCUCAGUGCUGUGGGAAAAGAGGUGCCUUCGUAUUCUUCUGACCAAGUAUCUUCAGCUCUGGUCACACCUCAGAAUUUAGGAGCUGUUGUUGAUAGUGAUGAAGAGAAUUCCCACUUAAAUCCUAGCUCUGAGAAGAUUUGUACUUUGAAGUCGAUGGGUAUAGUACGUAACAGGAAAGAUAGUUCAGCAGAUACUUCAUUAGCAGAAAAUGACAUGGUGACACAAUCCACUGCAAUAGUGGUUAAGUCAGGUAAGGCCAUUUCUGAUGCUUCAAGCAGCCAAAAUACAGAAACCUGUCUAAAAGAAAAGAAGGAAAUUUUACAGACAGCCCCACCACUAACGUCCACUUUAUCAACCCCUUCCAAGCCAGGCAGGCAUUUAGAGAAUCCUUUGUAUUCUGCUUCAACAAAUAAAUAUAUAACACAGAAGGGAAACUCUGAAAACUGCUCUAAGGCCCCUAAAGUGAACACCAAUAAAAAUCUGAACAGUUCACUCAUCCGUUCAGGAGAGAAAAGUUCCCUUGGAAGGAGCAGUAACACAGAGCGUGCUGAUGUGUCGCUUCCUCCUGCAGAAGACAAGUACAGGGGUAGCACUGAAGUCAAACACAGAGUAAAUUUCCGACACCAAGCCAGCCCUCUGUAUAAUAAUAAAAAUAGUGGAUUACAAUUAAGGGCUGACAGUUCAAGAAAAAAUGCAAACGAUUUAAAGUCUUGUAGCAAAGUGCUUUCAGGGUCUCAGGGCAAAGCAUCUGAGGUAGGCACAGCUCCCAGUGCUGAUCCAUCACUUCAUCUUGACAAAGUGGUUAGCACAGACACAGAUGAAGUAAAGAAUUCAAAGAUUAAAAAAGAGCUAAGCUCACAGGGUGUUCGGAUGGGUAAAGAUUACAGUGGUUUGCAAGAACCAGAGAGGCACAGUGAAGGCAGCCUGAACAUGACCUGUAAAGAUAAAGUCCUCAGGGUAACACAAGAUCAGAAGAUAACACAGAGUGCAGAAGAUGAGAACAAGCUUCUCUCUGACUGCACAAGGGACAAAGUCAAAGAUAUAGAAAAAAGGAAAAACAGACCUUCAAUUAAGAAUAAAUUGGCCGCUGUUUACAAAACAAGUCGAAAAUUUUCAAGUAAAAACUUACCCCCCAAACCACACAUAAGUAACAUCUUUUCACAGAAUGAUGGAAGUGCCACUGCUUUAGAGGCCGACAUGUCCCUCGACUCACUGAUUCCAGCGGAUUCCCAUCAGCCAUUCCUGCAGUCGAACAACGAAAAUCAGGAUCACAGUGUGGACUCUGAUAAGAAUACGCCAAAGCCAAGAAUAGCUGAGAAUAAGAAGACUGAAGUCCAGAAUGGUCCUUCUUUGCGUGUUAGUAAUGCCAAUUGGAGGUCUUUUACAAGCCCAUGCACCCAGAAGGAAGCCAUCAGUCCCAAAAAAUCUACAGUGAAAGUGGAAAAUAGGCCAAGUCUUACAACCCUCUUUCCAGAUAAAGCAGUAACCACAAGAAAUAAGAAUUCCCAAACACUUGAUCUCAGGUUAGAAAGCAAAGGCCAGCCCGUUUCUCCCAGUGUUACUACAUCAGAUGCUCUGGAUGAUGAGAAAAGAAGAGCUAGCAGUCAUGCCUGCACUCCUCCCUUGCCACUUUUAACUGACAAAAAUUCAAACACCUAUGUAAAUAGUUGCUUGCAGGCAGACACAUAUCCAGAGCAAAACCUGACUUCCCAAACAGUGCUUGGUCGAUGCCAAAACACCUCUCAGCCUGCUAGCUUAAGAAAUGCUAACUUGCACAGCUCUCAGUUGCACAAGAGUCACACCAAAAGUCAGCGUGAGCGUCACCUCUCUGAAAGUAUUUGUGCUCCAGAUUCCCAUGCGACCUUUGCCUCAGGAAGCAAUAUUCUACCCAAAGAGGGCAUACAUGGGAAGAGAUUUAAAUCUUACUCAGAGUUGUUGUCUUGUGAUGAAAAUGAAAACUGGGCAUCAGAUGAUGAGAAAUGUUACAGCACUAGAAAUCUGAUGUAUCCUUCUGUUGAAUUCGGUAUAUUUGGCAAAGAACAACAGUUAGCUUUCCUGGAAAAUAUCAAGAGGUCACUCACAGAAGGGCGAUUAUGGAGACCUUGUCUUCUUAAUAAUCCUGGUGCGCUCAGAGAUGGAGAGACCCCUUCUAUAAACAGGGCUGAGCUUCUGAGCUCAAGUUCUGCUGGGAGCAAAAUUUCAUCGACUGCUUCUUCCCCAAGAGAACCAACCGAUAUCUAUCAGGAAGACCCAGCAGCUUAUUCAGACUCAGACAGUGAUACCACCACUGAUGAUGAAUACUACCUAGAUGAGGUAGAUAAGGAAUCUGAGCUAUGAAGGGCCCAUGGUACUAAGAUGGCACAAUAGCUCAGCGGUUUCUGGGCAGGCAAAAACAUGUAAAAUACUUCGAGCCAGUUCUUGUGCUGCUAUAAAUUGGUACAACUUCAUUAGUUUUUAAGAAGUUAGUAUGUUACAUUAGCUGAGCAUCUGACUUUUGUAUUAAAUAUGUGGCUUCACCAUUGUUGUUUCUCUAGCAGGGAAAAGAAUGUUAAAAAAUCCCUUCCCAAAAAAAUAGAAGGUAAACAACUGUGGAGCUUUGAGCAGUGUAACUCUAGAGAUGGCUUUCCUCUGAGUCAGCAAGCAGUGGUGUAGGCUCCUGCCAGCAAAGCAGUGCUGGAAUGGAUAAAUUCUAGCUUGAGCUACUUUUUCUUACAGGACUUAACAGAAAACCAAGAGGUUACUUUGCUGAAAUUACUGUUUCUCCAUUUUUCCUCAUUUACCAGAUGAAGAAUGAUAAUGCCAAUCCAUCCCACCCAACAAUUUCCCCUGCAGAACAAAACCUGUUCCAUUUUUACAGCGUA